AUAAAAGGCUGUUCUUUGCUCUUCCUAUGCUAUUUCUCACUACGAGUGUCGUUGUGUCUUUUUCUUUCUUUUCCUGCCCGAAAAGAUUUUUUUUUCCCCCCGCAUGAGAUCAAACCGAUUUACCUUUAAAUUUCAGCGGCUAAGUCGCUGAUAGUGGGGGUUGAUUCCUCCGGGAAGAAACUUUUCACUUCAAGCUCUAUAAUGAGCCGAUCAAUCGAGCUGCCGCCGCUGCCCCAAUAUUCGUUUCGGAAUUCCAAAAUCUUUUGUGUUUUCUUUUCGCUCUAAGCAGGAGGAGAGUAUAUUCAGGUAGCAAUUCGGUGUUGAUGGACCCUGAGGUUGUGGAAAUUCCUCCCCCAAUUCAUCGCCCUACGAAACUGAUGAAACAGAAGGUAGAACCGGCUAUUAUUAGUGAUGUGAUUGACGUCGACAAUGAUGAAGACUCUGCUGAUUUAGUGUUUAUUGGUGAAAAAGUUGGCGGAAGCAACAAGGGAAAGGAGAUGUCUGAUGAUGUUUGUCCCCCUCCUACUCUGGAACAAUUUGGGCCAGCUAGUGGGCUUGAGUCCUCCAGUGGUUAUGCUUCAGUAUCACAUAAUAUAAUCAAUGUCGAUGGUCACAGUUCUGAUCUAUCAAAUGAUGAUGAUGACUACAACGAUCAUUUUGCUGAUGAUUUCAUGGAUGUAGAUGAGUACGCCAUGUUACAGGCACACUUUGACAGUGUGAAUAUACCUGCUGGAAUUGAGGCACCCAUACCCUGGAUGUCAAAUUUUGAUAUAGAUUUGAAGAAAUCUGGAAGUAGUUCUUCGAAUCCUUGGGGUAAUAUGCAGUUAGAUGCUAAAAGUUCUCAUAUGACAGACUUAUCUCAGCUUUCGUGGGCAAUAGAAUCUUCUGACCUCAUCCAAGAAACUCCAGUAUGUAGUUCUAGUUCACAAACAAAAAAUGCUGCUGUCAAUCCUCCUCCUCAAAACUUGUCUUCUCAGUUGCAUACUGAAGCUGCUCUUGGUAAAAAGCAAUCAACUUUUUCACAACUUGAUGGGCUUAAGCUGAACUUGAAUCUAGCACUAGGGGCAGAUUCAUCUAAGCCUCAUUGGUUCAAAGGACCUUUCAGUCGCAAGAAGAAGCUUUCUGUUUUAGGUGAUUUUCAAAGUGAUUCUUCAGCACACAAGUCAGAGCCCUUGAAGCUGCCACCUGGAGGUGAACCUCCUCAUUGGGGCAAAGUUAAAAGUGCAAAAAAGGCACAUGGGAAAGAUGUUUUGUUCCAUUCAAAUUUCUUUCCACCUUUUGAAGGGUCAUAUCAUAUUCCUGGAUUGGAAUCAGCAAACUCUAAUAUGUGGAAGAAACCUCCUAACCCGCCUUUUACAGACCAUUCAGAUAAUUUAGGCUUUUAUUAUCCAUUUGAUCCUCUUGAUGGCCCUCUUCCGCCAAUGUUUGGUAAUGCUUGGAUUCACAAUUAUGCCAAUGAUGAAAAGAAUGAAACUACUACUACUGCCCCGGUUGUUACAAUAUCUGAUGAAGAUAGGGAUGAAAUCUUGAGGAAAUUCCAACAUUUUAAACAGUUUGACACAGUUGAAGACACUUCAGACCAUUACUAUAAUGGCAAAAGUUAUUCCUUGAAGCAGCAUUCAAAGAAUUGGUCAAAGAAAAUUCAGGAAGAGUGGAGAAUUCUUGAGAAGGACUUGCCUGAUACAAUAUUUGUUAGAGUUUAUGAGUCAAGGAUGGAUCUUUUGAGAGCUGUAAUGAUUGGAGCAGAGGGAACUCCUUAUCAUGACGGUCUCUUCUUUUUUGACGUUUUCUUUCCCAAUGGCUAUCCCAAUGUGCCACCGGAAGUCCACUACCACUCUGGUGGUGUUAGGAUCAACCCAAAUUUGUAUAACUGCGGCAAAGUAUGCCUCAGUCUGCUUAAUACUUGGUCUGGCGAUAAGAAUGAGAAGUGGCUUCCUGGUGUUUCAACAAUUCUACAGGUUCUUGUUUCUAUACAAGGUUUAAUCUUGAAUACAAAGCCUUAUUUUAAUGAGCCAGGGUUUGCUCAUACGAGUGGUUCUGCUGCUGGCGAAAUGAGGUCCCUGCAGUAUAAUGAGGAUGCAUUUAUUCUAUCAUUGAAGACGAUGAUGUACGUGAUGAGAAAGCCUCCAAAGCAUUUCGAGGACUUUGUUGCGGGGCAUUUCUGCACCCGGGCUCAUGAUAUUUUGGUGGCGUGUAAAGCAUACAUGGAUGGUGCUCAAGUUGGCUGUUUGGUCAAAGGUGGAGUGCAGGAUGUUGACGCAGGUGACCGGAGCUGCUCAAGGCAGUUUAAGGAAACCUUAGCUGGAUUUGUGAAUAGGCUUGUCGGAGAAUUUUCCAAAGUUGGAGCUAAGGAGUGUGAGAAAUUCUUGCCGCAGGCGGCUACAGCAGGUAACAUGUCAGCAGGUUGUAACCCUGAUGCUGCUGGUGCUGCUGCUCCUGCUACUGCUACUUGAACUCUCCCCUGAUGAAGCCCAAUUUUGAGACUUGAUACAUAUAGGAGGCAUAUUUAAGCUAUACCUAAUAGCUCCCUGUUUUAUUUCAAGAUAAUAGCCAAAAUCUGGUGAUGGUCCAUCUUAUGUUCGUUCACAUUGGAAAAACAUGCCUGCACAUAAUUUUGGUCAUUGUAUAUAGUUGCGGAUGAUGCUAGUACAUUGUUAGUAUGACUCAUGGUUUAAGUUUCCAGCUCUAUUAUAUAUAUAUAUAUAUAUAUAUAUAU